AAUGGAGAAACAGCAAGUUAUGCUCCCUACAGCAUCUACAUCAUCAACAGCUUUAUCAUCUCAGAACCAAAGUGACAAGGAAGCUAAGCACCACCGAUAUGCAUUUCAAACCAGAAGCCCUGUUGAUGUUCUGGAUGAUGGGUACCAGUGGAGAAAAUAUGGGAAAAAGAUAGUCAAAAACAAUACUUUUCCAAGAAGUUACUACAGGUGUGCUCAUCGAGAGUGCAAUGUUAAGAAACAAAUCCAACGGCAUUCGGACGAUGAACAGAUCGUGGUCACAACCUACGAAGGGACACAUACACACCCUGUGGAUAAGUCCGUGGAAACCUUUGACCAGAUCUUGGGCAACCUACUCAUAGACAAUCUACUCAAUAAUGCACCUCCCACAAUAGAAUAGAACAUAAAGGAAUUAUUAUUGCAAGUUAAUGGCAAGUCUUCUUAAGACAUGGUACAAUGUAGUACGUUCUGUUAUGGAUUCAAUAAAAAUAAUCAUAAAAAAAAA